AUGAGCAUACCAGACAAAAGGCUUCGAGUGGGCAUCAUCGGUGCAGGAGAAGUAGCCCAGGUGAUUCACUUGCCUGUGUUGGCCUUACUCAGCUACCUCUUCACCACUACCAUCAUUUGUGACAUAUCGGAACAAAAUGCAAAACACUGCUCCGAAAAAUUCCACAUCGCAAAAUUCACCACAAAUGCCCACGAUGUCUUCACCAACCCCAACGUCGACAUAAUCUUCAUCCUCACCUCGGACGAAUUCCACGAAGAAUACACCAUCCUAUCUCUCCAAGCCGGCAAAAAUGUCAUGGUAGAAAAACCUCUAACUCUCUCCCUUCCAUCCGCUCAACGCAUCCUCACCGCCGAACAACACGCCCCCAACGGCGCGAGGGUAUUCGUGGGAUAUAUGCGAAGAUAUGCACCAUCAUACACGCAAACGUUCAAACGUGAAAUCGCCUCCAUUCCUCGAAUUUGUUAUGCCCGCGUGAGAGAUUUCAGCGGACCAAAUUCCAAAUUCGUCAAUGAGUCGGGCACUUUUCAAGUCAAAGAUAGCCCAGAUAUUCCCAGCACAGCGGGUCGAGAACGUCAGAUGCGAUUAGAAAGACUGUUUCAAGAAGCUUUUCCAGACGUGGAAGGACCUCUUCAUCUGACUCGACAGCAUGAGCAAUAUUGUCGUUUUCUGGGCAGUUUGGGAUCACAUGAUAUUUCUCUGCUGCGUGAGACGUUGGGGAGUCCCGAGUCUGUGGAGGGUGUUUCUGUGAACGAACCGUUUUACUCGGCGAUUUUUAAUUACAAAAACAAGUCUUCCUCCUCCUCCUCCUCCUCCUCCUCUUCUUCCUCCGACUCCGCCGGCGAGCCCUUUUCCGUCACCUAUGAAUCGGGCAUCGAUGCGGUUCCGCGCUUUGACGCCCACUUGGCCGUGUAUGGAGAGAAGAAGCGGGUGCACAUCCAGUAUGAUUCGCCAUAUAUCAAGGGACUGCCCAUCAAAGUUGUCGUGGAAGAGGUCAAUGAGGCAGGAGAGUUUCAGACGCGAGAAAUAUUGGGCUCGUAUCAGGAUGCAUACACUACCGAGCUACAGGAGGUCUACGCUGCUUUUGCCGAAGGCAAGCCCAUCAAGACUACGGUGGAGGAUGCCAUGCAGGAUAUUGCCAUUUUCGAUUCCAUGUACAAGGCGUGGAGCAAGAGCCAUUAA